AUGAAGAGUGUCUUCCGUUUGUGGAUCCUAAAUUUCGCAGCAUCUCUGGAAUUGCCCGAUUGGUGCCAGGACAAACGGGAAGAUUGCCACCGGUACAUCGGGCGAGGUCCAUUGGGUGGAGGUUGCGAACGUCAUGCUGAGUAUAUGCGAAUGUUCUGCGCCAGAACCUGUCACUUCUGCGAUGAGCCAGAGGAUGCGCUUCAGACCGCUCAGAUUCAGAUUGCUGACAGCCAGAUUCACCUCCUCACUGCUCGAGGUGUCCGCCGUUGGCACUUUAUGGAGUUGCCAGUGAAAGGACCAGUCGACAGCUGCCCCGUAGGUGAGUCCAAUGAGGCCCAACGCAAUACCUCCUGUAGCAUAUACUCCUGGAGGACCCAUUUGGCUUCGGCCCGGUUCUAUGACAGCCUAAGCCACAAUCUGAACAGCUCAGUUUACCGCUGGGAUCCACUGGCUAGUCGCUUCGAGCGUCACCAGGCGCUGCCCACUUCAGGGGCUUGGGCUUUGAGUUCCUUCAAGCUGGCAGGGCAAUACUAUUUGGCACUUGCCAGCUUCUUCGAUGGCUUCAGUCGUCAACUGUCCAGCCCGAUCUACCGUUGGGAUGUACUCACAGACGCUUUUGUGUGGCACCAGGAUCUCCAAACGGAGGGUGCCAAGGAUGUGGAAUUCUUGCUGCUUUCGGACUCCAGCGGAGUUCUGGCCUUUGCUGAAACAAAUGCUAAUGACAAUGCGGGGACGUGCCGUCUUUUCCACUGGGCGCACCGGCUGCGUGCAUUUGAGCCGCUGCAGGUGCUGCCAACUGCUGGGGCUUAUGAUGUCGAGACGUUCAUGCCAUCAACAGGUGAGAAGGCCAUAGUUGUGGUCCACGAGGAUGGGGCUGAAGUCUAUGGGACGCGCUGGCAGGACGGAGAGCUUGCAGGUUUCAGCCUUUUGCAAGAACUGAAGAUCGGACAUGGCCGAGAUGCAGAACAUUUUCAAUGGGCAGGCCGCGACCUCCUCGCGCUUUCUGUCUUUCGCAGCGAGCAAAGUUAUGAGGUCGAAACCCUGGUUUACGAAUGGGAUGCAAGCUCCAGAACGCUCAUCGAGGUGCAAGGCCUGCAGUCCGCAGGUGCCUUCGAUGCUGAAUACCUUGAAUUUCGUGAGCCUAUGUUGCUGGUUGCAAAUCAGCGUUUAGGAGUGUCAAGAAUGUACAGCUUCAACUCGACAUCCUGCGAUCAACUCUUGUGUCCACUGGCAGAGUUCAAAACGCCCGGAGUCUACAAUGUUGCCUACAAUGUCUCUGAGGUUGUGGGCUUCCUUGCCAUAGCGAACUUCUGGGAUUGA